AAAGAUAAGAGAAAAAAAUAAGAACGUAGAGCGCCACUGGCCUGAACCUGAAGUCGUUCAAACUUCGAAAACUUUCACUUGCUCACUUGCCUCUUCUUCUACUUCUCUCAACACUUUUCUCUUUUCUCAUGGACGACGACACAACGAUGACCCUAAGCUCACCCGAUUGAGUCUCUGUUCCCGCUCUUUCUGCCCUAAAAAAUCUUAUUUUUCUUCCUUUUCUACCAAAAGGAAAAGGAAAUGCCUUUGAGAUCCGGCCAUGGACAGGGAGGCUAACCUUCCGCUCCCACCACCCGCAAAUCUGGUCCACCCGAUUCCCAAUCAGAACAUCUCCUCCUCCCCUCCUCCUGGCUUCAUCCGUGAUGUCCAAGCAGCCUUCAAGCGUCAUCGCUCUCUCGGUACAAUGCAGACGAAUGGUAUAAUGCCUAGAAGAAAGGUGAUUCCCCAGCGUGCUGCUUCUAGGAAUGUGGGUGCCAAUCUUGAUACUAACAGGUCCCAGGAUUGUUUUUCGUUGAGUCAUGGUCAGUCAGUCAAGGACAAAAUUAUUGCUGGAGAGUCUCAAAAAGAUGCAUCCAUCACUCCAUCUUCAAUCACGGGAACUAUCACCAAAACCUUUGAUGAAGAUUUGAACCCAUUUGAUGUGGAUCGAGAUCAACCCAAGGAGGUUGUUGAUAAAAAGGAGAAUAAUCCAAUCCCUUUGCAGGAUAUAGAAUCUCAACAUGUUGAUGGUCAGAGAAAGAUUCAGUUUUUAACUGGACACAAUGUCACUUCCCAGGAAAAGGAAUGUGAUGCAGUCAAUCAGGUAGAGCCAUCAACUGUUGUAAGUAAUGAGUCAAAGCACCGGCAUUUUCGGAACAUAGAAUCUGAAGUCAGUUUGAAGUCUGAUGGUGGGAUAUCUUCUUUGGCAAAAAGAACUACAGUGAUUCAAGAUCAGACACAUCAGUUAAGUAACUUUUUAGGGCAACCCCUCGCUCAAUCUUCAGUUGUCGGGUCAUCAUGUGCUACCACAACAUCUAUCCAUUCUCGUUCAGCUCCAAUGCUUAACCUGACAACUUAUUGCUCUCGUUCUCACAAAGGAGGUUCAAACGUGACAAAAGAAUCCCGGGGAGAUUUUGAUGUGAAUUACCAACUUGUAAAUCGAGGAGAUAUGUUACAGCAACCAUUUCCAUCAACGAAGGAAAUGAGCAGAAUGCUAGUUGAUCAGACAGCUCUUGCAGCUCAGGCUUCUACCUCUGGCAAUAAUGCCCAAGUGGAGGUUAAUGAACCUGACUUGUCCAAAAAGCAAGAAGGAAGCAUGGCAAUCCAAAAUGAACUUUUAAAGGAUCCUUGCCCUCAGGAUGACAAGUCAAUCAAAGGGCACGAUUUUGCAGGUGAUGUGACUAAUAUACAAUCUGUGGCUCCAUUGUCGAAAGACUUGACUUCGAAUGCAAAGUUAGAGCCUCCUAAAGCAGAGAAGGGGAAGGUUACCAGUAUUAAAGGAGCAACGGCAUCUCGUAAACGGAAUUACGAUCCUGACUUGUUUUUCAAAGUGAAUGGAAAGCUGUAUCAAAGGCUUGGAAAGAUAGGUAGUGGAGGAAGCAGUGAGGUGCACAAAGUCAUUUCAUCAGAUUGUACAAUAUAUGCGCUUAAGAAAAUCAAGCUCAGAGGUCGUGACUAUGCUACUGCAUGUGGGUUUUGCCAGGAAAUAGAAUAUUUAAACAGGUUGAAGGGAAAGAACAACAUUAUCCAGUUGAUAGACUAUGAGGUCACAGAUAAGAAUCUGCUCCGAGAAGUCAUGAAUGGCUGCAUGUCAAAUAAAGAUGGCAGAGUCAAGGAUGAUGGUUAUCUAUACAUGGUACUUGAAUAUGGAGAAAUUGAUUUGGCUCACAUGCUAUCCCAGAAAUGGAAGGAAAUGGAUAGCACCAAUCAGACCAUAGAUGGGAACUGGCUUCGGUUUUACUGGCAGCAAAUACUUCAAGCUGUCAACACUAUACAUGAGGAACGCAUCGUGCACUCCGACUUAAAGCCAGCUAAUUUCCUUCUUGUAAAAGGCUCUCUAAAACUUAUUGAUUUUGGUAUUGCCAAAGCCAUAAUGAGUGAUACAACCAACAUCCAAAGGGAUGCACAGGUGGGUACUCUGAGUUACAUGUCGCCUGAGGCAUUCAUGUGCAAUGAGAGUGAUCCGAACGGAAAUACUAUAAAAUGUGGCCGACCUUCAGAUAUUUGGUCCCUUGGGUGCAUACUUUACCAAAUGGUUUAUGGAAGGACCCCUUUUGCUGAGUACAAGACUUUCUGGUCCAAGUUCAAAGUUAUAACAGAUCCAAACCAUGAGAUAACAUAUGAACCAGUUUCUAACCCGUGGCUUCUUGAUAUCAUGAAGAAAUGUCUUGCAUGGGACCGCAAUGAGAGGUGGAGGAUUCCUCAGCUACUUAAACACCCUUUUCUUGUUCCCCCAGUUCCUCCCCAACCAUCUUUGUCUCAAGACCAAAGCUGUCCGAUGCUUGAACUUAUAACUAGAGCAUGUUCCAACAAUCAAGACGCUUUGAUGUUAAUCUCUCAGCUGACUCAACUACUUAGAGACCCAAUGUCACAGACAUCCCGAGAACAACAAUGCAAGAUGCUUUCUCAAGUGUCAAAGCUUUGCUGUCAGCUCCAGGAACAUCUAAGCAAGUCAGAGUGAGAGUUGGUAAAUGAUGGGAGAAGUAUACUUGCCACAGCAUUCUCAACUGUUGCGACUGUGGGGAGGUUUCUUUUGGCCUACGAUGAGAGGAAAUAUGCUAAAUCGUGCUCAUUUUCAAUCCCUUUGUAAGAACAUGUAAAAAUUAACAUUGUGGUAUUAUAUUCUUGGAUAUAUGAAACAUUACCCUUCAUUGAGUUCAUGAAUACAUGUGCCCAUCAAUCUUCCUGUUUUUGGAUUGAUGUUGGCCGUCCAAUAGUCUCAAUUCAUCUGUUCGCUGAGGUACAAAACAUAUUUUGUACGAUGUCAUUUUCAGUUUAAU